AUGAGUCUGGUUCGGUUGUGUUUCGUGCUGCUGUCGCUGGUUUGCUCGCAGCGGCAGGCAUUUACGGCCGCCCGCAAGUACGAGCCGACAUGGGAGAGCCUGGAUGCCCGGCCCUUGCCCCGCUGGUACGACGACGCGAAGGUGGGCAUCUUCAUCCACUGGGGUGUGUACGCCGUGCCCAGCUUCGGCACCGAGUGGUUCUGGAUCAAUUGGCAGGGCAGCAAAACGGAAGCGUACGUGCAGUUCAUGCGGGACAACUACAAGCCAGGCUUCACGUAUCAGGACUUUGCGAGUGACUUUACGGCGGAACUGUUCAACGCAACCGAGUGGGCCGAACUGUUCGAACGGUCCGGUGCCCGGUACGUGGUGUUGACGAGCAAACACCACGAGGGCUACACGCUGUGGCCAUCGCACCACACGUUCGGAUGGAACGCGGUGGACGUGGGACCGCACCGGGACAUUCUGGGCGAGCUGGCCGGUGCAAUCCGGGCGAACGGGAAGCUAACGUUCGGCGUGUACUACUCGCUGUUCGAGUGGUUCAACCGACUGUACACGGAUGACAAGCUGCACGCGUUCCUGAAGCGUGACUACGUCGACGGGAAGGUGUGGCCGGAGUUGAAGGAGCUCAUCAAUACCUACCGGCCGGAGGUGCUGUGGAGUGACGGCGAUUGGGAGGCACCGGAUGGGUACUGGAAGGCGAAGGAAUUCUUCACGUGGCUGUACAACGACAGCCCGGUGCGCGAUACGAUCGUGACCAACGACCGGUGGGGCAUGGGAACGCUCUGCUUGCACGGUGAUUUCCACACCUGCUCCGACCGGUACAACCCGGGCGUGCUGCAGAAGCACAAGUGGGAAAAUGCACUCACGCUCGAUAAGCAAAGCUGGGGUCACCGGGGCAAUGCCCGGCUGGAGGACUUUAUGACCACGGCGGAACUGAUCGCCGAGAUUGCGACUACCGUUAGUUGUGGCGGAAACAUUCUCAUCAACGUAGGCCCUACGAAGGCAGGCACGAUUGAUCCGAUCUUUGCCGAACGCCUGGUGGACAUGGGAAGUUGGCUGAAGGUGAAUGGGGAAGCGAUCUACAAAACUCGUCCCUGGAUGUACCAGAAUGAUACACUUACCGCGGGCGUUUGGUAUACGGCCGCACGGCAACCAUCUUCUUCCGGCGUGCGCACAUCAGCAAAGGCGCGAGACACCAGCUUCACCACGGUAUAUGCGAUCGUACUGAACUAUCCUUACAAAACGAACUCCGUUCAACUGGGAGUCUUCAGCAACGACGUGAGAAAGAUCGUGCAAAUAACGAUGCUUGGUUAUGGGACGGCAUUGAAGUGGAAGCCAUCCAGCGAGGGGAUUGUGGUGGAGUUUCCGGUCAAGAAUGAAAUCGAUCGGCUCAAGCUGCACCACGGGUGGACGCUGAAGAUCACACUGUCCUCCCAGUGGCCUUAGGUUCGUUACGAAGCAACGGCAGACUGGAACGGGGCAGUGGCGGCUGUUUAAUUGGCAGCAAUAAAAAGGAAGGCUUAUGCAACAGCUCAACACAACGAACGAUGCUGAGGAAAGGCCGUCGUAGCUUGAAGUUUAGCAGUUUUUCGAUAAUCUUUAGAGGAUGUUAGGGAUCGGUCGUUAAUAGCGAGUAGCAGCUCAAUAAACUUCA